GGAAGUACAAAUAGUAAAAAGGAAUGUUAACGUUUUUGUUUUGACAACGACGCUUGCGCAAUAAUUUUGUUUAAAAGGAAAACAAACUAUAAAAUCAUACUACAGGAAUAGUUUCAAAAAUGUUUCAAUCGCCUGAAUAUAGUAAUAUAUUAUCACUGAAGUUAUCUGACUUAUUAGAGGAUGUUGGUGUCAAUGAAGAAAUGGUGAUGAAAAGAAGAAGAGUUGUCAUGCUGGUAGAGAAUAUUCAAACUUUGACAUGGAGGUCAUUAGGUAAUAACAGCACUGCAUAUUAUUUUGGGAGUCAAUCUGAAGGCACAACUACUGAAGGACUUAAUUCAGAUUUUGACGUACUGUAUGUGGAGUAUGCUUAUAAUGUAAUACAGGACUGGUCAGAGUGGAAACAGAAUAAGAUCAAUUAUCUCAUGAUACAGGAUGAGAAUGUAACACCUGGAUAUUGUUUCCUACAACUUCUUCGAUCUGACGAGCCACUCUUUGAGACAAUCAUUCCUGAUGAAUAUUAUAUCAGAGAUAGUAAAGGGAGGAUAUUAUUGAAAAACACAUUUCUGACUGAUUAUGAUGAUGCUGUGAGACACGGUCCGUCUAAUGCUGUCCCCGGGAAAGAAGGAUACAAUGACGUUGAUGUAGUUUAUGGUUAUCCUUGUAAUUCAUUGCCACAAUCAGCUUUACAUUCACUAGACAGACAAAGCAUAGGGAGAUUGCCAACAUCUGAAAUGAUCAGAUAUGCUGUUAGUAAUGGUUGUUUUGUUGUUGGUGCUAGCAGUAAGAUUAGUACUUAUCCAGAACUAGAAUGGAGAAUAUCGACAUCAUUAGGAGAAAGAUGCUUUAUGUUUAAUCUAAACACAACACAAUUACAUUGUUAUGUUUUGAUGAAAGUUAUUUUGAAAUCUUUUCUGACACCUCAAAGAGAAAGUGUAUUGUCUAGUUAUAUGUGUAAAACUGUAGUGUUAAACUGUAUACAAAACACCGACCGAAACUUUUGGAAAAAGAACAAUCUUUUCACCUGUUUAACAUAUUGCUUACUUGAACUACAAAGCUAUAUUCGAAAUGAAAAUUGUCCGCAUUUUAUCAUUCCGGAAAACAACCUUAUGGCCGGGCAUUUCACUACAGAAGGGAAGCUUGUCAUUUCACGAAAGAUAAGUGACAUAAUACAGAGUGAUGGUAGAUGUUUGCUUAGAAUAAGAAUUGAUGAUAUUGGUAAUCGACUACAUUUCAAAUUUCAUACAGAUCGUGCAAUACCUCAUGGAAUGCUUACUCAUCGUCUCAUUAAUGAAAGUAUUACGGUUUUUUUAUUUGGGAACUUAGCACAAACUAUUAGCACAAGUGAAUUAAGGAUUCUAGAUUACUUGCGAAAAAUGCAAGUCAAUCUCAAACAAUGUAUCCUAAAGCUAGCAAACUAUAGUGUACAUGGAUCCAGACUAGAACAGUUUGCAAGUCGUUGUUUGGUACCAUUUCUUUUUUCUACCAUUGGAUCUAUAAUGGUGUCAUCAAAUAUUCGACGGAAUACUGCAGUUCAAUUUCAAGCACCAAAGUGGCUUUCACUGGGUUUAAGCUCGGAUGUCACAUCCGGCAGACUUAAACUAGCUUCAGUUUUGUAUUGUAUAGGUGAUAUGGAUAGAGCGGAGUUCAUCCUGAGACAAACAGAAAAUCGAUACAACUGUGAUAUUGUUGAACCUGUAUGUGGUUGCUGGCGUCAUCCAUGGUCUGAUUGGUCGGCAGAAUUUAUGAGAAAAUUUUGCGAACAAAACGAAGAUUGCAUCAAUCGUAUCACAUCAUUUUGUGUCAGAUUCAUGCAAACGGAGAUCAACUGUGUUCCUCGAGAGUUACAAUAUGAAAUGAUGAGAUCUACACAGAAUGACAUGCAACACAGAAGUGAUAUGGAAAAAAGAUGGAUGGACUUUGCAGUGAUUGAUUCUCUCCCUUUUCUCUACUUUUUACAAUACAAGACAUACGGACAUCUACAAAGACAUCAAGAUCAACAACGAGCACUUUGUAACCUUGUAAAUACUGCCGUGUGUGGUAAAAACCUAGGUCACAGAGAGACAGCUCUAAACCUUGUAGGUCAAUGUAAGGAACAGGAGAACAAACUAAUGGAAGCGUUACAGUGUUAUAUGCUUUCUCUUCAACUACGAGGAAGGAACAACGCCGCGAAUUUUCACAUUUGCAAUUUAAUAAGGAAAAUAUGCUUCUCGCAUGUUGUGGUUUAAUUAGUUCUCUACGUAUUGUGUGAAAUGUUCGUAUUUUAACGGUAAAAAUAUGUUGAAUUCUACAUUUAUCUUAGAUAUGAUUGUCCAAUUUAUAUUUAACUGUCUAAUAUGAAAGGUUUUGACUGUCUAGCUUUCGACGAAGUAGCUAUAUAAAUGUUAAAAGUGUUAACAAGUUAUGCACAUUAAAUGUCAGUAUUAUGAUACUGAGUAAAAACAUAACUUGUAUUAAAUUGAUGCAUACAUCAUCAGUAUAAUAAGCCUGCUGUUACAAAUAUGGACCUUAAAUAAAAUUUCUUCUAAA